AUGGAGGACCCUCGUGAGAGGGCUUACAAGGCCGUGGCCUAUUCAGCCGUCACAUUUUCCCUGGUCGCCAUCCUCUCAGUCUGCAUAACCAUGCCUAUUGUCUACAAUUUUGUAGAUCAUGUGCAACAGCAGACAAAAAGAGACUUGCAGUUUUGCAAGUCAUCAGCUCGGGACAUCAUGACGGAAAUUAGUCAUAAGAAGCCAGCCGCCUUCUCCUCAUUUGCAGCCAACGCCACCUCACUUCGAGCAAAAAGGCAGGCCGGAUCGUGCGCCGGUUGUUGUAAGCCCGGACACCCAGGACGUCCAGGUCUUCCCGGAAGAAACGGCAAACCAGGAACCCCAGGAGCACCAGGACGACCAGGCGCUCCCGGACGGCCUCCAAUCAUUUGCGAGGAGCUCGAUAUUCCUCCAUGUAAUCCAUGUCCUCCAGGUCCACCAGGUCCACCUGGACCAAAUGGGCCUCCUGGUAGCCCCGGCAGAGCUGGCGGCCCUGGACGGCCUGGCAAUCCCGGAGCUCCAGGAUCACCAGGGCCGAACGGGCCUCCCGGGCAGCCUGGAACUCCUGGUUCGGAUGGAGAAAAGGGAGAGCCUGGACGGCCUGCACAGAGCAUUAACGCUAUUCCUGGAGACCCAGGACCACCAGGAGAACCAGGUGCUCCCGGUCUUCCUGGACCAGACGGGCAACCUGGACGAGAUGGACAAGCUGGAGGCGGUGGCCCACCAGAUACAAAUGAAAAUAAAGAAGUUAAGAAAUCUAGACUUGGAUGA